GAGUUAAAGGGCUUAUUAAACUAGUGAUAGGACAAAGAAGUGAAGUUGAAAAUGAAGAAUCUUUCAUUCCUGAUGUUACUUUGUGUAACAUUUUCAUAUGCUUUUCCAGUAGUUCCAGAAACAGAGAAGAAUGAAGAAGACAUGAAGUUUGCUGAGAAAUAUCUAGAAAACUACUAUAAACUUAAACCAGAGACAGACCCUAUAUUUAAAACGAAGAACGGCAACCCCAUAACUGAUAAAAUCCGAGAAAUGCAGGAAUUCUUUGGGCUGAAGGUGACUGGGAAACUGGAUUCCGGUACUCUGGAGGUGAUGAAACAGCCCCGGUGUGGCAUACCUGAUGUGGGUCAGUUCAGCACCUUUCCAAGGUCUCCUGUAUGGAGGAAAACAGAUCUGACAUAUAGGAUUUUGAACUACACACCAGACAUGGCACAAACUGAUAUAGAUGAAGCCAUUGAGAAGGCGUGGAAUGUCUGGAGCCGUGUGACCCCACUGAGAUUCACCAGAGUUUAUGAAGGCAAUGCAGAUAUAAUGAUCUCCUUCGUGUCUGGAUUUCAUGGUGACUACUAUUCCUUUGAUGGAACUGGUGGAACCCUUGCUCAUGCAUAUGCACCUGGUGAAGGUAUUGGUGGAGAUGCCCACUUUGAUGAGGAUGAAUACUGGACAAAAGAUCUGAAAGGAAACAGCCUGUUCCUUGUUGCUGCUCAUGAGUUUGGUCACUCGUUGGGUCUUGGUCAUUCAAAUGUCUACGGCUCCUUGAUGUAUCCAACCUAUCUGCCAACUGAUAUCAGAAACUACAGACUACCUCAGGAUGAUAUUAAUGGCAUUCAGUCCCUAUAUGGACCCCCAAUCUCUAAUGAGCCAACAAGUUCCACACCAUCCUCAGAAACACCAACAAAAACUUCAGCAACAGGCAGCUGUGACCCUCACUUGACUUUUGAUGCCGUCACCACACUCCGUGGGGAAUUAAUGUUCUUUAAAGACAAGUACGUCUGGCGCAAGAGUCCUCAUUUCUCAGGCAUUGAGCGUGAUUUAAUUUCUGCCUUCUGGCCAACUCUACCAUCUGGCAUUCAGGCUGCUUAUGAAAUUGAGAAGAAGGAUCAAGUGCAUCUUUUUAAAGGCAACAAGUACUGGGUUGUCAGUGGAUACGCUAUGCAUCCAGGUUUUCCUAGGAACAUCCAGACACUAGGCUUUCCAACAUAUGUUAAGAAAAUUGAUGCUGCUGUUUAUGAUGAGAAUACCAAAAAAACAUACUUCUUUGUAGGUGACAAAUAUUGGAGCUAUAAUGAAGUCACCAAAUCCAUGGAAAAGGGUUAUCCAAGACGUAUAUCAGUCGACUUUCCAAGAAUUGGUCAUAAGGUUGACGCUGCUUUUCAAGAAAAAGGAUAUUUCUAUUUUUUCCAUGGAUCAAAGCAGUAUGAGAUAGACACCAAGUCCAAGAAAGUUAUUCGUGAAAUGAAGAGCAAUAGUUGGUUUAAUUGCUAAUAACAGCAGACACACAAUGUGUUGUGCAAACAAAACAGAAUCUAAUUUUGAAUGUUACAAAUGGCUUUUCAUUUUUUUGUUUCUAAUUUAUAUUAUUCAUCAUUUACUGUAUGUUUGAGUCUCAUUAGAGCUGCGCUCCCUGAUUAAUAUGAUUUCAAUGACAGAAAUUGUUAAAUAUCAUGUAUAGUUUUAUAUCUUAUUGUUUUUAUGCUAUUUAUUACUCUCUUUGUU